GAAUUCUAUUAAUUUCUUUAAUAAGAAAUGUAAAACUAUUUUGCGUAAUGCGACCAUGCAAGAUCAAGCCACGCCACUAAAUCAUCAUCCUCAUCCAUUUACAUCCGCAUACGAUACCUAAUAACAAAGAUCUCACCCUUCUGAUUACAACCAGCCACAAAGCACAGGAUAUGUCGAUUUGAUGAAUUGAUAUGAAGAAUAUAGCUAUAAGCUAAAAAGAAUAACGGAAACCCGUCACCUUCCCAACACAUCCAAAACAAUUUGAUUGAUUCGAGCAGGGCCAUAAUCCAAUAAAAUGGACAAUAACGGACCUUCUGCAGGAUCAUACAACAACUUCCGUGUGCUCUACCUGAUUACGCAGAUGGUAGGAGCAACCGUUAUCGUUCUUGUCGGCUCGUGGAUCGGUGCGCAUCUCAAUGGCCUGGCCUGGACUUCUCGACCUUCGGUGCAAUUCAACUGGCAUCCCCUUCUGAUGACGAUGGGGAUGAUCUUCCUCUACGGAAAUUCCAUCCUUGUCUACCGGGGAUUCCGCUACGCUCGCAAGAAGCCUUUGAAGAUCACUCAUGCCGUGAUUCACGGAUUGGCAUUCAUUUUCACGGUGAUAGCGCUUGUGGCAGCCUUCGAUUCGCACAACUUGGCCCCCACUCCCAUUCCGAACAUGUACACACUGCACUCGUGGGUUGGGAUGGCGGCAGUAGUUCUAUUCGGACUUCAGUAUGUCUUUGGAUUUACCUCGUAUCUAUUUCCUGGAGUUCGCGACACACUUCGCGCCAGUUAUAUGCCAGUGCACGUGUUUUUCGGGGUGCUCGGUUUCGUGCUCGCUAUCGCUGCAUCGCUGUUGGGACUCUUGGAAAAGGCAAUCUUUUCGAUAAGCAACUACCGAGAACUGCCUGCCCAAGCUGUUCUGGUUAACAUGAUAGGGCUACUGCUGAUUAUCUACGGGGGCCUGGUUGUGUUUCUAGUGACAGAACCGAUGUAUAAACGAAAACCACUCCCUGAAGACGUUAUGCUAUUGACGCAUAGUGCGUCUUCGCAGUGAACUCAUUGUUACCCUCAACUAUCCCUAGUUUAACUUAUAUUUACUAAAGAUGGUGUCUAUUUUUUGCUUGAUGAUUGUACUUAUUUGUGCUUAAAGUAUUGCUAAUUGUUACCAAGAUAUUCUUCAUGACGAAUAGCUCAAAUAUUUGCCCAAUGAAUGCCGAUUGCUGCAGGUUGUUAGCAAGGAUAAAAAGUUUGGCAAAAAAUCACUGAAUAUUCAUAUAUGUGUAAAAAUACCAAUCAAAUAUGUGAUGUAAACUGAUACCAAAAAUCUAAUCAAUAAAAAGACCAAUGUGGAAGCGAAGAAAAUAAAUAUGUCUCGAAUUGAAGUUCGGGUAAUUCGACAAUAGCUUAAAUUUAGU